AAAUUCAAGAUGGCGGGCGCCGGGAGUGAAUUCCACGUGUGGCUGUGUUCACGUUUAAAAAGUCUGAACCUUGAUGAAGAAGUACUCGGAGAAUAUAUCUCUGGCAUUCUAGAUGGAGACGAUUCUACUCCUGAAGAAAAAGAAGAAGCUUUAAAAGAAACUUUAGAAGGGAUGAUGGUACUUAUACAUUUGUCAAUUUGACAAAUCAGUUUGACCGACAAAUCACCAAUGUUAACAUAAAUACUUGCUUGGUGAAUUAUUAAUUGAACAAACUUUUGAGCAGAUCAUUAUAAUGUUGCACAUUCAUGACAUACUAUAGUAUAAAUAUACCAUGCACGAUUUAGAGUGGCUUUAUUUAAUAUGGCACUCAGUUGUAACACUGUUACAAGUGUUACACAGUGUUAAACAAUGUUACAUAUUCUUACAUAGUGUUCCAAUGCUACAUAGUGUUACACAGUGUUACAUAGUGUUACACAUUGUUACAUAGUGUUCCACAGUGCUACAGACAGUGUUACAUAGUGUUACACACACUAACCCCACCCCUACCCCUAAAUAAAGAUAGUGUAACACUGUUACCUGAGUAUAUAAUUGAUAAUACACUAUAAAUCAUGCAAUAUAUAUAUAUAUAUAUAUAUAUAUAUAUAUAUAUAUAUAUAUAUAUAUAUAUAUAUAUAUAUAUAUACAUCCAAACCCUUCUCUAUAACUAUAGUCACCAUAUAGCCAGCAUUUUACUAAAUAGUUGGCUGCCGGCUGAAUAGACACUUUGUAUUAAAUUAUUGACACAUAGGAGUCGCCUGAUGACAACGUCAGUUCAGAUAUCUUUAUGAAGUGGAAGGAAUGCGAAGAAAAGAAAGCAAAACUUAAACAAGAAAGUGGUGGGUAGUCAAUCUCAAAAGACGGGGGGGGGGUCUAAUUAUAUGGACGGGGGAAUAUUUUAUGAUCCGUAUAACAUACAUAUAUGUAUUAUGAAGCUCACUCUCCAACAGGGCUUUUUAGACUUUUUAGUGAUCAAUUACAUCAAGUAUUACUCUUGUAUUAGUUUUGUGUUUUUUAUUAGAAAACCAAAAACAAGACAUUUUAGCAGCUGUGGUAGAAAAACAAAUGAAAACAACAAACAAUGUAAACAAGAAACCAUCCCAUAAACUUGAUGAAAAUGUAAAAAAAAAUUUGAUAGCUCAAUAUGGUCAGGAAUAUGAUGAAGAUUUUUAAUAUCCUUUGAUUCAAGAUUUAAGCUACUUAGAACAAUUUGUGAACUUAACCAAUUGAAUGUACCCUCUUGACAGAAUAAAAUAAUAAAGUAGACUGUAUUGCUUCUUAAAGGGUUAAAAUUUAUGUAAAUCAACAGGUUUUUGUAUCAAAUGUGAAAGCUCCUCAUGCACAGUUAUGUUUUCUUUUGUGCUUUUCUAUUGAAUAUUGUUAAUAAUGAGAAUUACAUAUUUCUUUAACUGAUAUUACCUCGAGCAGUGACGAAGAAGCACCAUCACAGACAACCAAAUCACAACCAGUAGAAAAGGACAAAGGUAUCUUUAUUUGUAUUUCCUUCACUAUUCUAUAUAUUUUACCCAACUUCAAAUAUCAAUUAAAAAAUAAAUACUCAUCCCUGGCCAAAAACGUUACAAAAAGAUACCAUUCAGUUAUCACACAUGUCCUUUACCACCUCUGUGACAUGACUUUGAUGAUUGCUUGCACAAUUUUCUGCAGUCUAAAGUUUCAUGUUGUCUGCACAUGUACUUUCUAUGGUAACACUUAAUUUGCCUCCUGACAAACCGGAAAAUUAUCAAGAUAAUGACUCUCAUUGAUUUACUUAUUGUAUUGACAUAUGAUAGUUGACAUUAUUUUUUACGCCCGUAUUCUAAAAACUCACUCACACUCAAUGAGUGGAGGUUCAAUCUGAGCUUCUCUUGAGUGUCGAUGCUGUUUUCGAAUAGCUGAAGGGUGAGUAGUCACCGAAUAAGGUAUGAGACUAGCCCUCCAGCUAUUCAAAAACAGCAUUGACACUCAAGAGAAGCUCAGAUUGAACCUCCACUCAUUGAGUGUGAGUGUGAGUGAGCUUUUGGAAUACGGGCGUUAGUCUUCAAUAUUUGAGUGAGUCAUGCUUUGGAAAUGACAAUAAUUUUUUUUAUUACCUAACCCUGGAGUUGUUUUGUUUUUCCAUUUACCCAACCUUUUACUCACUUAAAAUUUUGUUUAUCCUUUUCUCUCCCCCGCCAUAAAUAAUGACUGGUCCCUAACUGAAAGUCUGAAACUACUACAAACUUGAAACUAACUUUGAAUAUUCCAGGUGUAUUUCAAAACACAAAUACGAAGUCAGUUUUGGAUAAGGAGAAAGAGAAACGGGACAAACAGCGGCAGGAAAAUGAAGAUAAGAAAGUGAAAGACAAAGAGGAUCGGGAAAAACAAAAGACGAAAGCAGAACAAAGGAAAGAUAAGGAGAAAAAACGGACUCAGAAAGGGGAGCGACGAAGAUAGCACUGCUCUGGAAAACGGAGUAUUACAAAUAGAAUGGAACAUUGACCAAAAAAAUUAGAAAGAGUUUGAGAAAUAUUACGAAGACAUUUUGUACUAUAGAUUUAUACUAAACAGGUCUAUUAGUUCUAAGCUGUUCUCUGUAGAGGUCCAGUAAGAGCCAUCCCUUAUUUGUCCAGUGUUACUACAGGAGGAAAACGGAGUACCCUACCAAGAAAUUAGUUAAAAACAUUUAAGAUUUAGCAGCUUUAUUAAGAACGUCAGUUUUGAAAAUAAACUUGUUUAUCAGCACCUAAUCGAUAUUGCUGUAAAGAGUUGAAUAAAGAGAGUUUAUUUCCAAGAACCAUUUUUGGGAAGCGUAUUAUAUUUGGGACACUUCAAAGAAUAACAAUUAUAUGACGUGAUCAUAUACCACUCAAUGUUCAAUCGCUCAACCAAUAGAUAAUAUUGACGUUUUGUAGUAUAUCAGAAGAUUUAUG